AUGUCCUCGUCCAUCCCUUACACGGUCGACCUCCCCGGAGGCAUCCCCGACACCAUGCGCCCCCACACCGAGCGCACGACCACCAUCCUUGUCCCCAAGGCCAACACGGCCUUCCUCAACCCUGUCCAGGAAUACAACCGUGAUCUGAGUGUGUCGGUUAUCCGUGCAUGGAAUGAGAUGCGCAAGGAGGAGACCGAGGCUCGCUGGCGUAAGAACCUCGAAAAGGACAGCAAGAAGAAGUCCAAGGGCAAGGGAAAGGGCAAGGAGGACAAGACUGGCGAGGUCAAGGACGAGAGCAAGGACGAGGCCAAGGAGGAGCAGCCUGCGGCCGGUCCUUCGACUGAGGUAAGUUUUAGAUCCUACCAGAGACCCAGACUAACCGCCCAGCGCGUCUUUAACCCGUCCAAGAUCACCAUCCUCGAGGCGCUGUCUGCCACUGGUCUUCGCUCGAUCCGUUACGCCAAGGAGAUUCCCGAUGUCAAGGUCGUGCUCGCCAACGACAUUUCGCCCUCGGCAUGUGACGCCAUGCGCAAGAACGUUGCGCUCAACGGUGUCGGUCCCGCGGAGGAGGGUGUGGCGGCGCCCGAGGGCGACCUUGGUCGUCGCGAGAACUGCAACGGCUACGUGCAGGUCAACGAGGGCGACGCGUUGACGCUCAUGUAUGCGCACCGCGCCGGUAAGGACCGUGUCGAGGUUGUCGACCUUGACCCUUACGGCACUGCCGCGCCCUUCAUCGACUCGGCCAUGGGCUCCAUUGCCGACGGCGGUCUGCUUUGUGUCACCUGCACCGAUCUGUCCGUGCUUGCCGGCUCCAACUACCCCGAAAAGGCCUUCUCAAACUAUGGUGGUGCCUCUGCCAACACCGAGUACUCACACGAGGUUGCCCUUCGUCUUGUUCUCAACUCGCUUGCCCAGGCCGCCGCCCGCUACGGUCGCCACGUCACGCCUCUUAUCUCCCUUUCGAUCGACUUUUAUGUCCGCCUGUUCGUUCGUAUCGACACCAGGGCUGUCGAGGUCAAGCGUCUCGCUUCCAAGACCGGCAUCGUGUACGCGUGCAACUACUGUCAGACCCCGGCGGUGCAGCCCUUUGGCCGUAUCAUGGAGCGUGAGGGCAAGAAGGGCAACACCAACAUCCUCUACCGCCACGCCCAGAACAACGCCGGCUCGUCUGGUCGCUGCGACGAAUGUGGCUCGCACCAGCACAUUGCCGGCCCCAUGUGGCUCGGCCCCCUCCACGACAAGGACUUUAUCGGCCGCGUUCUCAAGUCGAUUGAGGGCCAGCAGGCCAACUACGGUACCUGGGCCCGCAUGCACGGCAUGCUCAGCCUUGCGCAGGAGGAGCUCGAGGACAUGUUCUACUUUACCUCGAACAAGAUCCAUGGCUUUGCGCACAUGACGGCGCAGCCCACCAAGACUGUCGUCUCUGCGCUCCUGAACGCCGGCUACAAGGUCUCGCGCUCGCACGCCAUCGGCGGCUCGGUCAAGACCAAUGCUCCCCGCUCGUUCGUCCUUGACAUUCUCCGCGAGGGUCUCAAGACCAACCCCGUCCGCCUGGACAAGGUGGCUGAGAACUCGCCCGUUCGCCGCCUGAUCGCCAAGCCCAUGACCCACACUGUCGACCUGACGCUCAACCCCGACGCCAAGCUGUUUGAGCGCGACCGCUCCACCGUCUUCUACCAGCUCAACCCGCUGCCCAACUGGGGCCCUGCUCCCCGCGCGCGUACCGUCCAGGUGAACGAGGACGGCUCCGAGGUGCCCAACAAGCGCAAGAGCGAGGACGGCGAGGCCCACGAGGCCGAGGCCGAGGCCAAGCGGGCCAAGGUCGAGGCCGAGGCUGACGACGAGGAGGCGGCAAUGAACGCCUAG